AUGGAUUCUUCCUGGCUCCAGCACGCUGACCCCAAUCAAGCCCGAGACUUGACCGUGGAAGCCGCACAGGUUCUGGGCAUCUCCAGAGGCCUCAAAGGAGGAUCGUCCGGUCGCACCAUCUCCUUUACCAAGCUCAAGGCUCUCCUGGACAGCCGGAGUGAUCGUGAGCUCCUGGAAGGACUGAGGAGAGUGAUCUCUAUGAUGUAUCAGAACAAGCCAUGUCUGCCCUAUUUCUCAUCCGUCGUCAAGAAUGUGGCCAAUCCGAACCUCGAGGUCAAGAAGCUCGUCUACCUCUAUCUCCUCCACUACGCCGAAGCCGACCCUGACCUGGCUCUUCUUUCCGUCAACGCCAUCCAGAAAUCUCUCACCGACCAAAACCCACAGGUGCGCGCGCUCGCCUUGCGCACCAUGUCAGGGAUGCGGGUUCCGGUCAUUAGUCAGAUCGUAUCCCUUGCCAUCAAGCGAGGAGUUGGUGAUAUGAGUCCUCAUGUCCGCAAGGCAGCCGCCCUCGCCAUUCCGAAGUGUUAUAGCCUCGACCCAAACACGCUACCUCAACUACUCGACUAUCUCUCCAUACUACUUGGUGACCGACAAUAUUUUGUAGUCGGCCCUGCUGUUCAGGCCUUCUUGGAAAUCUGCCCUGACCGUAUCGAUCUUAUCCACAAGCAUUAUAGAAGCCUCGUCAAGAAACUUGUUGAUAUGGACGAGUGGAGCCAGUUGGCUACCUUGAGGCUUCUUCUCUUCUACAGCCGACGCUGCUUUCCUCGACGGACGCGUAGGGUCACCAAGGUCAACAAAAAGGGUUUCUACGAGGACGAGCGCGACGAGACAGUCGAGACAAACGAAGUCAUCCAGGUCUUGGAUCCCGACUUGGAGCUCUUCUUGAACGCCUGCAGACCUCUACUUCGCAGCCGAAGUUCAGCGGUCGUCACGUCUGUCACCAGCUGCUUUCUGUACCUGGGCACGCCCGAAUACCUCGAAGAAGGUGUUGGCCCCCUCAUCGGUCUCCUGCGCGGACCUCCGGAAGUGGAGGAAGUGGCAUUGUGCAACAUCGUAUUGAUCUCAUUGUCGGCUCCAGAUCUGUUCGUACCCUACGCCUCUCAUUUCUUUCUCCGAGCGCACGAUCGGCCUCAGGUAUGGAGGUUGAAGGUUGAACUGCUGACCGUGAUAUUUCCGCAUGCGGCAUUGCAUCUCAAAUCCAUCAUUCUGAGCGAGCUUGAACACUUUGCUCACAGCUCCGACAUUGAACUCAUCCGGGAAUCGGUACGGGCGAUAGGGCGGUGUGCACAGUCGGAUCCGCAGAAUGCUCACCGGUGUUUCCGAGUUCUCCUAAAUCAGAUAUCCAGCUUCGACAAUAUCCUGGUCUCCGAAGUGCUUACCGUCGUGCGCCAUCUCAUUCAGCAAGAACCCGCAUCUCACCGGAAGACUGUGGUGCGACUGGCAAGAAACCUGGACCGGACCACCAGUCCAGAAGCCCGAGCCACAAUCAUCUGGUUAGUGGGAGAAUUUGCGAGCCUCGACCCCGACAACAACAUAGCUCCGGAUGUUCUGCGGAUCCUGGCCAAAGGGUUUGCGGACGAGAGCGAGACUGCUAAGCAACAGAUUGUCCUACUGGCCGCCAAGGUGUAUCUGCUGUUCUUGCAGCGAGAAGGCGCACAUGCUUCAGAUGAGAAGGACAACGCUGGAGAGUUGCAAGGUGGUGAGGCGCAAAGUGCUCAGACUUCGGCCAUCCUCGACCACCGAAUUUCCAAGCUGUGGAAUUACAUCCAACUCCUCGCUCGAUAUGAUGUAUCGUACGAUCUCCGUGAUCGGGCCCGGCUCUUCAAGGCGCUCCUCGCCGACCCGCAAUCAACACAACUUGCAGCUCUUCUGCUCCUCGCGCCCAAACCAGUACCUCACUCGCCGUCGCCAUCGGAGAGCCGAAAAGGCCUGGUACUCGGCAGCACUACCCUGGUCCUUGGGAAAGAUGUGGUUGGCAUUCUUGGGCUACCGGGAUACCAGGAAUUGCCGGCUUGGGUGGAAGAUGGUCACGAGCCGGACCCGAAGCUGAGAGACGCGGCGGAGGGCGGAGAGAAAGAAGAAUAUGUGCCACUCAACGCGAGAAAAACGGCGACGGUGGCGGCCAGCCGAAGACUGGACGCGGCUGUCAAGGAGCAGGGUCUAGAGAAGGUGGUAGCGGCAGGGUCGACGAGGGCGCAUGGAAAGCAGAGGACUUUGGACGACUGGCUGGCCGAGAGUGAAGAGGAAGAGGAGGGAAGCGAUGAGGGAGAGACGGAAGAAGGCGAGAGUGAAGAAGAAGAGAGCGAGGAAGAAGAUAGUGAAGAAGAGAGCGAAGAAGAGGAAGAGGAAGAGGAAGAGGAAGAGGAAGAGGAGAAGGCAAUGAGAAAGGGACUGAUGAGUUGA